AUGGCCAUGCGAUCUAGCGCCAAGGACCAUGGUUCGAUCAACAAGAAACUUUCGAACUUUCUGUUGGCUUACCGGUAUGCACCACACACAACGACCAACGAAACUCAAGCAAAGCUUUUCAUGGGUCGAAAUUUGUGUACCAGGUUGGACUUGAUCAAACCUAACAUCCAACGUCAUGUGGAAGAUGCUCAAAGCAGAAUGGUCGAGAAAAGGCAUGAUACCAAACGAUCAUUUGAACCUGGACAAACAGUCGCGAUCAGAGACUAUCGAUUGAGUAAACCAUUGUGGACGUCAGGAACCAUCAGUUCUCGAACUGGUCCAGUAUCAUACCAUAUUGAUGUUGCUCCUGGCGUAUUUUGGCGGCGUCAUCUGGAUCAGUUAAGGGACUCGAACGUCGAACCUAGUAGCAUUGAGUACGAGCCAAUUGCCAAACAAACUCUUCCGACUGCGGAUCACAUUGUGUUACCAGAGGAAACAACACCACCUACUUCAAGUGAUAGUAUGGCGCAAACUACAAGUGAUUCCAACGCCUGUCCGAACUUACCUGAGAAAUCCACUGUGGACACCCCUAUCCGGCGUAAUCCGAAGAGAAAUGCAGGAACUCCCAAAAAGUUUGACGGCUUUGUCAAGUUCUAG